AUGUCGCGCUUUGUGGCGGCAGAUGAGAUUAAUGACGAGGACUUGGCGAAGCAGGAAGCACACGAGGAGAAGCUACUGAGCGCUUUCCAGCAAGAGAAGAGCAAGGAGGCGCGGAGAACGCUUGCGCAGCAGCUCAAGGAGAGCAGGCAGCAGAAAUACAAGGAGUACAAGGACAGCAUGGAGGAGGAGAACUCUCUUUACAAAUGGACUCAAAUAGAUAUGGAAUACUACGGGAAACUCGAAGAAGAACGAAGGUCUAAGAGGUUGAAGGAGAAAGCAGACAUCGAAAGAGAGAUAAUGACUUAUAAGCAAGCUAGAAGAGCACGCGAACAAGAAGGAAAUAGCGCCAUCAAUGACGAGCUCGAAAAGGUCGAGGCUAUAGAUGGCCGCAAACGAAGAAAUUAUACGAAAGACAGAGCUUACAGGAUCAGCAGGCGAAAAGCCCCAGCAUAUGAUAAUACCUCUGAUCGCGCUAGAUUGCUGGACACCAAUUCAGACAUCACAGGUCGGAUUCCUAAGACUCUGUCACAACAGGGUAAACCCAUCAACGACCAAAGACUGGAGGAAUCAGGCGUUCCAGAAAAACCGAUUCAGUCUCAAUUCGGCUAUUCCUCAGAGAGCGAAUAA